UUAAACACAAGAUGGCUGCUCCCAGUUGAUGCAACAUGGGGAAAUACCGCAAGUUGAAGUGUGCCAGUGACUUUUUGUAUGCUGAGUUUGUAGAAACGUUCCUUUGAUAGAUUUCAUAUUGGUAUACUAAAUGAAGGUAAAUAUUUUUAAAAAGACCAUCGUUUACGUAGCUGCAGUCAGUACUAAAGUAUCCCAGGCUGAUUUUGCUUAUCGACUUCGAGCGAUGGCGAUACCCACUAUCUUCUCUGUUCCCUUACGAUGUGAGCUCAAGAAACUUUGUGUCAAGGACGAAGAAGCUUUAGCACAUGCUGUACACAGUGCUGCUUCUAGUUUGAAGAAAGGACAUGUAAUAGCAGUCCCAACAGACACUGUCUAUGGUAUUGCAGGCCUUGCACAAAAUAGUGAAGCUGUCAACAGACUUUAUAGCAUCAAAAAUAGGAACUGUUCUAAGCCUAUUGCUAUCAGUGUUGGGGAUAUUGAUGACUUGUACAGGUGGAGUAAAGUGGUUGUGCCAAAACAAAUUUUAGAGGAUCUUCUUCCUGGACCUGUCACUGUGGUCUUUGAGCGUAGUCCUGAACUGAACCCUUUGCUCAAUCCCAACACACAUUUGGUGGGCAUACGCAUUCCAGACCAUGCCUUUAUUAGGAAUUUGUCUCGGGCCUGUGGAAGUCCCAUUGCUCUGACAAGCGCUAAUAAAAGCUCAGAUCAAAGUACUCUUUCAUUAGAUGAAUUCAAAUCACUGUGGCCGCAACUAGACAUGCUCGUAGAUGGUGGAGCACUUAAUGAUACAGAUAAGGCACGACUGGGGUCUACUGUUGUUGAUCUUUCAGAAGCUGGUAAAUUCUGUAUCAUCCGUGAGGGCAGUGCCUACAAGAAGACUUCUGAAAUCCUGAAGGUUAAACACAAGUUGCAAGAAAUUGUUACAUCAGCAUGAACAAAAUCUGUCAAAACUGAAUUUGACGUUCUACAAACAUUUUAUUUUAUUAAAAUUUCUCUUUACUUCUACUUUUUUUCUCAAUCUCUCCUUUGUAUUUGUUGCCUCUCCACUGUGUGUUUCAGUUGUGUGCUCUGGAUUAUUGUAGGUAUUGUUUCUAAGUUUGAUAAACUGCUGGCCAGUUUAAGACAAGGAUGUGCAGUGGCAGUCCUAAGAGACUCUGACACGAGAGGCACAAAACAAGUUACAGCUUUCCAUAAAGUUAGUUUUAUGAACUUUCUUAUGAUGGGGCCAACAUUGUUACUAUAUCCAUUCUUUACCCCUUCUAGCAUUGGGCAUAAUGCAGGAUUUGUGAUGUUGUAGACAGCUGAAUACUGCAGAAAAAUUGCAGAAGCAGCUGUUCAGAGGUCAAGGAUACAUUAGUUUCACUGAGGGCAUUAGAACAGAUCAGCACAAAAACAAAACCCCUUCAAACAACCAAAACAAAAAUACAUAUCUCCACAGCUGUAAGGCAAUUUGAAAGCAACUCAAAUGCGUUUUACUACAGCUUGUCUCAGGUAAAGUGAAUAAUUGGGUGAAAUGCUUGUUGAGUUCUGUUUUAUGAAUGGGUUGAAACGAUAUUGAUGGUUGGUUGAUGCAUUGUCAUGAAGAAAAAUGUGUCACUGUUUCACUAUUUUAUUGGCUGAGUUUUGGAUUUCUGUUUCAGUUCGUCCCCAUGUUUUCAUGACAAGUUAAACUGUAUGGCUCAAGAAAAAAGAAAUCUAAUUUUUUUUUUAUGAUUAUUGCAACACUGGUUUUAUGGAUUGUACAUAGUUGAACAAUACUGUAUCUUUUACACAUGCACAACAUUGCAGGAAUUUGGGUACUACACAGAUUCAUUUCAUUGAGAACAAGAAUUUGAACCUUGCAGCCUUGGAAUUGUUUUAGUUGUUGGGUAUGUACAUACUAUUGAGAAAAUAAAUGAAUUGCAUAAAGAUUAAAUGGUUUGUGCAAUAACACUAAUAA